AAGUCCAAACUGUAAAACCCCCGAAUUUUUUUUUCUUUUAACUUGCAAUUUGCAACAGAGAGCAAUGGGAACUCUAUCUCUCUUGCUUCCGCUCUCCCUCUCUUUUCCAUUGAGACCGAAUCGCUCCUCUUCAAGAAGAAAUGAUUUACCAAAAUCCCCUUCAUGGCCCCGCAUAUCCUCCAACACUCUCGAUUCUGCCAGGAUACGAGGCAAAACUAUAGUUUUUGGAGGUAAUUCUUCAUCAACUGACCCAAACGAGUCUCAAUUCUUCGAUGAAAAUGGUGUAGUUGAUGAUAUGGAUGGCUAUCUCAACUCUCUCUCUCUCGAAUAUGACUCUGUUUGGGACACCAAGCCGUCAUGGUGUCAACCAUGGACAAUAACACUCACUGGAGUAUUGGCAAUUGCCUUUAGUUGGUUGAUUUUGCACUCAGUUGUAGUUACUAGUAUUGUGCUCUUCUUAACUUGUAGCUGGUGGUACAUUUUUCUGUAUUCUUAUCCCAAGGCAUAUGCAGAAAUGAUUGCUGAACGAAGAAAAAAAGUGAUAAAUGGUGUUGAAGAUACAUAUGGUUUGAGGAAGAUCUAAUGAUUUAGAGUAAAAAUGGAUUUGUCAAUUCUCUCCGUCUUGAUAUGCAUAAAUAUUUGUAAUUUUAACUUGUAGAGAAAAUGUAAGUAGAAAAUGUUACAAGCUCUAUUUGGCUAGUUCGAUAGGAUCCUUUUCGGAAAUGUGCAGAUCUGUAACUGUUUAACUCUAUGAUAUCAAGUCACAUGUUUUUAAGCAUGUUUAAUAUCUGUAAUUGUUUAUAGGGUAAAUUUAUAUAGCGUAAGCUAAAUUAAGAAGAAAA